GAAUGAGUUGGACCCGUACUAUUUCUGCCUGGUAAUUCCACUUUCGUCGACACUCGAGACAGAGCUUGUUUUUGGCACGAAAGGAAAGGCGGAGCUGCACGAACACAAACGAUGAGGUUGCUAUUUUUCCUUCUGUCGGCUUUUUGGUGCUGCCUUAGCCAAGGAAAACAGGUGCCGGCACAGUGCCUCUGUAUCGCGGCCAUUCCCGUUGAGUUCGCAAACACGGCUACGGUGGCCGUUUGUGGAGGUCACUAUGGUAGCCACUAUGUCAAGACAUCCAAUACAACUGGAGACUCUCGGUGCGAGGAUCCAAAUAAUCCCUUAGCAACAACUUUCGGACAAUGGAUAACUGAGACGUUCGGGGAAUGGUGUGUGAGCGCAGGCGCGAUCGGAUCACAAUGCUGUGACAGAGGCGAAUCUACUAACGCUGAUGGCUGCUCCAUCUAUGGGCCACCUGAUCCCCCAAUGUGAGCCUGAUUCCAAACCUGCUACCCGCGGCCUCAUCACUCCCGGUCUUCCUCCUCCCCCCUUUCUUUGCUCAAGAGGAUGGAGCCUCGAGUACCUGGGGGUUGUACUGCGAGAAGCGCAGGGACGGGAUGGUCCUCCUCGUCCAACAAGAGUCAAUAUUACCACAUCUGUAACUUCUGGC